CUACUAGUCUCAUCAUAAAUCUAAAGCCAACUGGGUUGUCUUUUCAUCUCAUCACCGAUCAAAAAACGAUGUCAAUCUCUUUCAGGCUCAGUCCCUUUUCAAUCACUUCACAACAACAACAACAACGACAACAAAGCUUCUUUAUUUCACAAUCACCACAAACUCUUCUCAGACGAAGACCCAGCUUUUCACCUCUCAAAAAGAUCACAAAUCCAAUUAGAGCCGUCGUCAAUGGGAACAAUUCUGACGGCUCGGCGAGUUUGGCUCAAGAGAAGAAACCCAGAUGGGAAAACGUGCUUUCGACGGCGGCGAGCUUGUAUCCGGUGUAUGUGAGCGUGGGAGGCGUGGUUGCUUGCGGGAAGCCCUCUGCUUUUGCAUGGUUUGUGAAGGCUGCCCCUGCUUCUUAUAGUGCCGCACUUGGGUUAAUCAUGUUGGCCAUGGGCAUCACUUUGGAGCUCAAGGAUUUCCUCGCCCUCUUCUGGCAAAAGCCUCUUUCCAUACUGUUUGGAUGUGUCGCUCAAUACACAAUCAUGCCAUCUUUUGCAGCCAUCAUCAGCAAAAUCCUGGGUCUCCCACCGUCUCUUUCUGUUGGUUUAAUACUGCUUGGUUGUUGUCCCGGAGGUACCGCCUCCAAUGUGGUGACCUUAAUUGCUCAAGGGGAUGUUCCUUUGUCUAUUGUAAUGACAGUAUGCACCACUCUUGGGGCAGUAGUUUUGACUCCUUUACUCACAAAGAUACUAGCGGGAGCUUAUGUUCCUGUCGAUGCCGUCAAACUGUCCCUUAGCACCCUUCAGGUGGUUGUUGCACCAAUUCUGGUGGGGUCUUAUAUCCAGAGUGCAUUUCCCGGGGCAGUAAAACUUGUGAUGCCCUUUGCACCCCUUUUCGCCGUUUUAGCAUCGUCACUGUUGGCCUGCAGUGUGUUCUCAGAGAACGUUGUUCGCCUCAAAUCUUUAGUGGUUAGCGUAUCAUUGACAUCGGAUAUUUCUCUAACGCAACGUGUUCAAGCACUAUUGACCAGUGAACUGGGGGUUGUAGCACUUUCUGUGCUGUUAUUACAUUUUUUUGGUUUCUUGGUGGGGUACAUAUCAGCGGCGUCUUGUGGCUUUAAGGAACGACAACGGCGGGCGAUAUCAGUUGAGGUUGGUAUGCAAAAUUCUUCUUUAGGCGUGGUUCUGGCGACGUCCCAUUUCACGUCACCAAUGGUCGCAUUACCCGCAGCAAUGUCUGCUGUCAUUAUGAACAUCAUGGGCAGUAGUUUGGGUUUCUUUUGGAGAUAUGUAGACCCUUCUGAUUCCAAAAAUAGUCCCAAAGUUGACAAGUGAUAGAAGAGCCCUUCAUGAACUAAUUGACUAAUUUUCAUUGUGCCUUAGUGCCUUUGUCAUUCUCUAUGUAUCUUUCCCAUUUAAGAAAGGAAUAAUUGAUACUCGAAUUAUUAUAUUCUUAUUUGUUUAUUUAUUAAUUUUUACUAUG